AGGGAACGCUUUCCUGCCCCUUCCCGCCACCGCCUGAGUGAGCUUGGACAUUGUUGAGGACGCCUCUGAUAAAGCUGAGCACGCUUGAGCCAGCAGCAAGAACUGUAAUGGCUUACGUUGCAAAGAAGUGCGGUAUCUGCUUUCAGCCUCCAUCCGUUAUCCUGAUCUACAAAGAAGACAGCAAGGAUCAGACUCGCCAGCGCAUCAUGCCUGUCAGAAAUUUCUCCAAGUUCUCAGACUGCGGCUUGGCUGCUGAGCAGCUGAAGAAUAACCCUCGGCACAAGGCUUACCUAGAAGGAGUCUCACUGCGGCAGCUAAAGAAGCUGUACCGUUUGCUGAAAGGUCAUCUGGGAGGAGAGAGCCUGGCUGAGAGCUUGGAAAAGUUUCAGCAGGAGUCGUCCAUUGACCCAGAAGAGGAUAUGAACAAACUAGAUGACAAGGAACUAGCCAAAAGGAAGAGCAUCAUGGAUGAGCUCUUUGAAAAGAAUAGGAAGAAGAAGGAUGACCCAGACUUCAUCUAUGACAUUGAGGUCGAGUUUCCACAGGAUGAGCAGCUGGAGUCCUGUGGCUGGGACGUGGAUUCAGGUGAAGAAAUCUGAUUCUGGACAAAGAUGUCUUGGGUGGGCAGUUCAGAGACAAAUCUCACAGUCCUAACAGAGAGAAUGAUGUCAGCGUAGAUAUUCUGCCGCAUCGUUUUCCGUUCGUGCCAUUGAUUGCAUUACGUUGGGUAUGGAGAACCCAAGGCCUGAGGUGCUGCAGCAAUUCCAGGUUUAAGUGAACUUUGUUUAAGAAGCCAGACUUGAUGAAAUGGAAAUGGGGCAGCUGAACUUAUUGGGUGUUUUAGUCUUUUCCUAUGUAUGAGUGCCUAAAUAAUUUUAAAUUAUUUACUCUUUCAUUCGUUUACUUUUCAGCCAGCUUUGGCUGAAAACCUCACCAGCUUGCUUUGCUGUGAUUUCUGUUCAGCUUCAUCUGACAAUGAAGUGUUAAAUAUUUAUGUCUUGAAAGCAAUGUUAAAGCUUUAUUGUGU